AUGGCUUUCAAGAAACCACCGACGAGCGCACCAAGGUGCUUUUUCAGUGCAAGCAAAGAGCUAUCCUUGGAUACAAGUUCUGUAUACGACAUAUACUUUUGGAUCCCAGCAGCUCCGUACAAGCAAUGUGAACAUCACCGAAAACCAAAAAGCAAGAAGGACCUUGCUACUCGGUGUACAAAUGCCAUCAGAAAGGAUAAGGAAGAGAAUUUUUGCAGCACACACUUGAUUAUGAACGGCAUGAAGGAAGCAAAGAAGAAAGAGAAAGGAUCAUCUGCAGUCAACGCCGAUGGUACCGAAAUGAUUGAUCCUGCCGGCGGGACUUAUGCUGUAUCCACUAUUGGCGAUCAGCAUCAACUUGUGCCUCAGUCCGUCGCUGAUAUGACUUCAAAUUCCUCUCCCAUGUUGCAAGAAGCUCUCCAGCCAGCGGCAACAUGUGGAGAAAUACUAGCUGCAUCAACGGUACCGAGCCCACCGCGAGCUGUCACUGUGUGUGCGGUAUCUAGCGUCACAUCUCGACCACCUGGCAGCUCCGCCUCCAAAAGAGUAACCAGACGUAAUACUGAAGAAGAGCGAUCAAUUGCCAACAAACAUGAACUGAUAUUUAUCCCCAGUGAAGAAAGUGAGGCGUGUAUCACUGAGGGAUCUGAUCCUUAUCGACAGAAGGAAGCUGAUCCGUCGAGUCAGAUGGAACAACCAUUCAAACCGUCAUCUUCACAAGGUCAUCGCAUCAUUGUAUCUGUCGUGGUAUAUGCCUGUAUACUUUAA